AAUAACUCAAAAAUCCGAAGACGGAGAAGCGAUCGUCGUCAACACCACAAGAAGAGAACGAAGUGGUCUUAUCGAGGGUUCUCACCGCAGGUGACCACGCCCCUAUUCUUCGCUCUGGAGAGCCGAUCGAGGGGAGACGUGGCUCCAUCUGGGCCACAAACACUCUCCCGUCGAAAGAUCCCGUCCUCCGCCUCUCCUUCGCCCUCUUCCUCUUCUUCCUCCCGUAGGCGAAACCCUAAAUCAACUCCUGAUAAUUUCCCCUUUUGGCAGCAAACUUGGUUCCUAGUUCUACUUUUGUUAAUGGCGUUCUCUCUCUUCGCCAUAGCUCUCUUCCUCUUCCUUAGCCUAGACGCCGGCGAGAUAUCUCCGGCCUCCGCCGCCUUUUCCUCAUCCUCCGCUUCCUCCUCCGGCGGUGGCGGCGUCGAGGUAACUUAUGGGAGUUUGAUCAAGCUGAUGCACGAGAAGACUAAGUUUCGGUUGCACUCUCAUGAUGUGCCAUAUGGAUCGGGCAGUGGACAGCAGUCGGUUACAGGGUUCCCAGAUGUUGAUGAUGCCAAUAGUUAUUGGAUUGUAAAGCCCCUGCCAGAUACAUCUGCCAGACAAGGUGAUACCAUUAAAACUGGAACUAUUGUUCGACUGCAGCAUAUGAAGACUCGGAAAUGGCUACAUAGCCACUUGCAUGCUUCCCCAAUAACUGGUAACAUGGAGGUGAGCUGUUUUGGAGGUGAGAAUCAGUCAGAUACAGGAGACUAUUGGAGGCUUGAGCUUGAGGGUAGCGGAAAAACAUGGAAGCAAGAUCAAAAGAUAAGACUCCACCAUGUUGAUACUGGUGGUUACCUGCAUAGCCACAACAAGAAAUACAGUCGCAUAGCUGGUGGGCAACAAGAGGUAUGUGGGGUAAAAGACAAGCGCCCGGAUAAUAUCUGGUUGGCAGCUGAGGGUGUCUAUCUUCCUGUUAAUAGUAGCAAGUAAAAGGAAUUUCUUUUUGACACUGUUGAGUGUUGAGGGCUGAUCUAGUAUUAUUUAUAGGUACGAAAUUAUUAGGGUUCCCUUCUCUAAAGUGAUUAAUUAGAAAUAUUACUAUUCCUAUUUUCAUCAAGCAGCUUAUUAUGAUAAUGUCUUCCAAAUUGUUUGAUUAAUUGUGUACUUGCCAAGAAGCUAUGAUCGCAUUAGUGGAGGCUUUAUUUCAAUACUCAGAUGGACAAACACUUGCUGCCAUGGAUUCAUGCCUUAAAUGGCUUCUAUCUAAAUUUGGUUGGUGAGGAACUGAUGAGAAAGUGUCAAGAAUAUAAUGAUAUUUUCUCUCAACCACUGUCACUUUGUUU